CCAUCCUCAGAAGCCGUUGACGGCUCUAAUAGUGACGGAUCGACCCCCCGCAAUAUUAUUUUAUUUUCCUUUUUCAUUUGUUUUGAGGAAAAAGAAAAAGGAGUACAAUCUCAGGACUCACCUUACUCAAUGAGCGUACAGCGCAAUGUCAGAGCGCUCUGGGCAAACGGCAAAGGGGAAGGAUGGCAAAACCAAGUAUGCGUCUCUCAACCUGUUUGAUACCUACAAAGGAAAGAGCCUUGAAGCACAGAAGCCUGUUGUUGCCCCUCGUCAUGGCUUACAGUCUCUUGGUAAAGUUGCCUCUGCACGGCGCAUGCCCCCCCCUGCCAGCUUGCCUAGUUUGAAGGCAGAGAACAAAGGUAACGACCCCAACGUCUCGCUCGUUCCCAAAGACGGCACAGGAUGGGCAAGCAAGCAGGAACAAGCAGACCCAAAGAGUACCGAUGUAUUGUCAGCAGCGCAGCCGGAGUUGCAGCCGCCUGUGGCCUCACAGACGUCUGUGCCGAGCGUGCCGAGAACACCUCCAGCUCAAGAGGCCCCGACUCAAGCUCUAGCCGUAGGACCAAGGUCCUGGGCACCGGCCAGUGUUACACUUGGAGUACAAGGAGAUGGUGGAAAGGGAUCAAACCAACAGUCGCCAUUCUCUCGCGAGGAAUUUCCCACCCUGCAGGCGGCUGGAGACCAGGACAAAGCUGGCAAAGAACAGGCCACUGCAGAUCAGUGGUAUGGGCCAGGACCAAGCCUCCGCCCCCAGAACGUAACAAGUUGGCGGGAUGGUGGGGGCCGGGCAUUGGCACCCACCCUGGCUGGGGAGGCAGUUGCGGAGGGCGGUGCUGGGGGAAAUAUGGUGAUGGAGGGUGCUGCUGGGGCCCCUCCCAUCCCACAGCAAAAUGCAUCGUCUCAUGGGCUGUCUAGAAAUCCCUCAACCAGCAACCCCGCACUUCCCCUCCCCCAGCCACCUAUUGGCCCGCAAUUCCAGGCUUACAGAGGGAUCAUACCUCCCUUCAUGUAUUCACCAUACUUGCCCUUUCCACCCCCCUAUGGUCCACAGGGACCUUACAGGUACCCACCCCCAAACGAGGCCCCUAGGUUUUCUCGUUCCCAGGGUGGAGUAGGGCCAGAUGGGCGGCCGUCUGGAGGCCCCCGGGGUGAAGUGGUAAAACGCCCAUCCAUCCUCAAACAGGAUGAUCUGAAGGAGCUGGAUGAGCUGGACCAUGAUGGAGAUGAGGGCUGGGCUGGAGCCCAGGAGGAAAUCGACUAUUCUGCAAAGUUGAAGUUCAGCGAUGAUGAAGGAGAGGAUGAUGGGGGGGAAGAAGAACGGACUGAACACAAAAAUGGAAACCGGGAGUCAAGGGAGCAGCAGAGAUCCCAAGAUGGACCUGCACCAGUUUCACGUUCCCGGGCAUCCGACAGUGGAGGGGAUUCGCGCCGCACCCCUCCUUCCAGUGCUGAAGAUGGCUCCGCAUCCCCCUCCAGCAAGCCAUGCUGGGGUGAGGAGAGUGGAAGCAGCUGGAACAGCCAAGCAAAUGCAGGAUCUUAUCAGGACCGGCCUUCUAACCAGUCGCCAAUCUCCGGCCCAAUCCUGGCCCCCCAGAAGCCCAACGGUGCCCAGGCACAACAGCAGGUGGGGGCGAUGCCUGGUGGGCUGACCCCUCCUCCCUCCAAUGCCCUGCACCCCCAGCAACAGGGUGAGGAUGAGGAUGAGACAUGGCGGCAACGAAGGAAGCAGUCGUCAACCGAGAUCUCUGCUGCAGUAGAGCGGGCCCGUCGUCGGCGUGAAGAGGAGGAACGGAGAAUGCAGGAGGAGCGCCGUGCUGCAUGUGCUGAGAAGCUCAAAAGACUUGAUGAAAAACAGCAGCAGCAACAGACAAUGAAACCCAGCAGCCCCAGUGACGUUCCAGCCAACAGCCCUAGUCCUUCCUUGUCUGCGCCUGCCUCGUCUCCUAAUGCCAGUCAGCCAUCGUCACCCUGUGUGGACACUGAAGAACCUCCUCUGUCGUCCGUUCAGGGAAGCGGUACAACAUUGGGACCGAAUAUUAUUAACAGACAGAGGGCUGGCAGCAACAGCAGUCAUGACUCCAAUACUGAGUCCCAGCAGCCUCAAGCCACCCAGCAUCCACAAUCCUUGGAUGUCCCAGUGCCUGGAGAAACCAAGGAGGAACCUGCGGUGGGCGGGCCACACAUCCGUGGCCCUAGAGGUGGAGAUGACUCUAUGAAGUUGGUUGAAAGUGUUGCUGGAACAGGACGGCAGGGGAGUGGCCCACCUGGGCAGGGCUUUUCCAAGUAUCAAAAAUCUCUUCCUCCUCGUUUUCAGAGGCAACAGCAGGAGCAACUUCUCAAACAGCAGCAGCAGUGGCAGCAGCAGCAGCAGCAGCAGCAACAUAACCAGGUUGCCCAAAAUCAGCUUCAGUCCCAAUCUCAGAAUCAGCAGGGCCCCUCACCAGGUACCACACCACAGUCUGGGCCUAAACAGCCAACCCUUUACCCCCCUGGCUCAAUGGGGCGCCCUCCACCUCUCACUAUGAACUUUGAUCCCCGCUGGAUGAUGAUGCCAUACAUGGACCCCCGAAUGAUGCAGGGACGUCCCCCACCCAUGGACUACUACCCUCCCAGCAUGCAUCCUUCUGGGAUGAUAAGUCGAGAACGUUCUGAUUCUGGUGGCUCUGGGUCAGAUCCGUUUGAUAGACAGCAGCAUAGCGGACCCCCUCAUCCUCAUCGUGGCACACCACCCAUGGAUCCCAAACUGGCUUGGGGACCGGAAGUUUUUCGGGGUACUGAGGGUCGAGGUCUAACUUCCCCUUUACGGCAGAAAGCUGUCGAGGAAGAGGAGGCUGGCAAAGGUCAAAGAAGUGACACUCCUCCAGUGCGUAUGCGAGAGGGAGGAACGGCUUCCAUCCAGCCGCCUGGUGUGGCUCCCAGCUCUCCAUCAGGCUCAUCCAACCAAACCCCACCUCCUCUGGGGAUUCAAGUUGGUGGCCAGGGUGCUAGCCACCAUACCCAUCAUCAGCCCUUUAUGGCUGGGCGAGGAGGUUACAGUAGCUACCCUGACAGUGGAUCCAGAAUGGGCCCCCUCCUGCAGCAAAGGGCCAACAGUGGAGGGACACUGCAUGGUUUUGGCCAUCAGGAGAGUAGUCAACAGAGCCAAAUCUGGGGGACUCCUCAUCCCCAUUAUGACCGUAAUGGCCGUUCUGAUCACUCUGCCGUGGAGGCCAAUUCACAUCUCCAACAUCAUGGUCCUCCUACUCAUCCUCCUCAUUUCACUCUUCAUCCCCAUAAGCAAGAGAAUGGCAGGGAGCGAGAAAAAGUGGGGGAGCCAAAAAAGAGUGACCCAUCACCUCCACUACAUCAGCCGUCCCUCUCCUCUUCCUGUUCAUCGUCAUCAUCGUCAUCUUCCUCAGCUAGAGAAGAUGGCAGUGGAAAACAGUCCCUACAUAAUCAAGUCACACCACAGCAUGAGCAGGAUACUGGAUCUGCUCAUGCUUCAGGAAGGAAACAAGAGAAGAUGGGAAAUGCACAUAAUCAGCCCCAACAGCAUUCUGUGCAGCACCAUCAUCCUAAAGCCAACCCUCGCAUUCGGGAGCACAAAACUGAGACACACUGGGGCCCAAGGCCUGGUAGCAGUAGCAUGGGUGGGGGCUCAACCCACAACAGGAAGGCAGGCUCUGGAAUGAGUGGAAAUACUGAAGAACCUGCAAAUCAGGGGACUGAGAACAAAUGCUUUACUCAAUCAGAUGGCAUCACAGUCAAGCGGGCAGGUCCUAUUAAGAGACCAGUGCUAAAAGAGAUGAAAAGAGAGGGUGGUGAAGGAGGAGGAGAAAAGACCACUGGAGGCUCUGGUAAAGAUAAAGAACAAGAUGCUAGCCAGACCACAACCAAACAAGAACCAGCAUCUGGGGCUCAAGCCUCCUCAGCACCCAGUGGAAAAGAUGAUGCAGUCUCAUCAAAUAAAUCCAGAACUGGCGGAAAAGAGCGAGGCAACGCUGGGGGUACAGGUAAAGGAUCUAAAAACGGAGAAAGCUCCAUUCAGAAUUCUGGCUAUUCAGCUCCUCAAUCCAGGAGGGAACGAGAGCUUUCUUCUGAAAGAGGAAGCACAACUUACCAUGCAUCCUCAUCCAGAGGUAGCCGAUCCAACCGUGGCCGAGGAGAGUUCUUUGGCCGAGGCCGAGGCUACAGGGGCACUUACACUGGCAGUGCAGGUGGAGGUAGCCGUGGGAAAGCAGGUGGCAGAAGCAGUAAGGACUAUAGGUCAGCAACUAACAGUGGCUACCACCAUGCACCUUCUAAUCAAGAAUACAAGCGGGAGGCAUCAUCUGGCAGUGGUAGGCACGGACAUGGGGGCUCUCAGCCAAAUCCGGGACGUGCUAGGAACCGAAGUGAGACUCGAAGUGAAGGCUCUGAAUAUGAAGAGGUGCCAAAGAGGAGGAGACAACGGGGAUCUGAAACGGGCAGCGAGAGUGCUGGUAGUGACCUUGUUCACUCAGACAAGGAAGACCGCAAGCUGAACAUCAAGACUGGCACACGAGGAGAGAACUCUACAACAGGCCUUUCUUCUUCAGCUCCAAUCAGAAACUCCCAGACUAGAGUGUUCACUCCAAGGGGAGUGCCAUCAAGACGUGGUAGAGGUGGAGGUGGUGCUGGAGGGGGUCUCCAUAGAAGUGGAGGCACUGCUGGAAUGUCUGGUGGACAUAGAUCUGGACCUGCCUCUGCUUCUCAUGGCUGGUCUACAAAAUCUGCAACUGUGCGAAAGCAGCAUACAUCCUCACAGCCAUCCCCUCCUAAAGAUUCAGGCCGUGGAAUAAAUGCUGACAAGAAGAAAGCUGCAGACCUGAAUCAAUCUCAGAGUCAAAGUGCGAAUCCCUCCGCACCUAAUCCCUCUGUGCCUACAGCUAUCCAACAAGGGUCCACUGAGAAUGGAAGUGUUGGAGCCCCUCUGCCCUCAAGUAAUGCCCCUUCAAAUUCCACUGGUGCUCCUAACCAGACUCUUCCUCAGUCUACCCAAGACGUACGAAGUUUCCCUAACAGGGGAUUUGAGCGGCCCCCUCGUCGUAGGCGCCACGGACGAUCCCAGCAUCAGCAGGACAAGCCUCCCAGAUUCCGCAGACUUAAGCAAGAGCGAGAGAAUGCAGCCCGUAUAAAUGGAAGCAGUGGAAUUGAAGUCAUACCGGGACAACAGCAGCCCGCUGCUUCACCGUUGCAGAAUUCCCUGCAAGAAACCAACAGCACUCCCAAUGCCUCUGCCCCAGCUGUGGCAAAUGCAAACCACAGUGUGUCUGCAACUUCUAACAAUAAUAAUAAUAGCAGCAACCUUGGGGCUGGAAAUCAAAACUUCAAUAGUCACCACCACCACCAUCACUACCAGGGCAACUCCCAGUCACACCCUCAGCACCAUCACAACCAUAACCCAGCUGGGGGCGCCAAAUCUCCCGACGUCUCUAACCAGAACUCUGACCAGGCAAAUGAGGAAUGGGAAACCGCCUCAGAAAGCAGUGAUUUCACAGAGUUUCGAGAAAGAGAGGGUGGAGGAGGGAAAACGUAUUCUUCGCAUCAUCAUCAUCACCACCAUCCAUCAGGAAGAAGUGGUGGAGGCAACAGUGGUGGUGGCGAGAGAGAGAUGACGGCUAAAGAAUUGGCCACCAACAAGAGAAGCUUCUCCAGUCAGCGCCCUGGAAUGGAGAGGCAGAACAGAAGGGUGAAUACCGGUGGGGGUGGGGGUGGAGGAGGAAGAGGCCCCAGGGCUCCGCCCGGUGCUGGUGGGGCAAUGGGUGGAGCUGGUGCUGGCGGGGGCAAUCGUGGUGAGAGGCGUGGAAACUGGCCCUCUCCUAAGAACAGGAAGUGAUUUUGUUUUUGUUUUUGGAAAUGUUUAAAAUGCAUCCCUCUAUCUUUGGCCACUCUUUUCUGUAAAACCUCUACCCCCUUAACAUAACACUUUAUUAUUGUAAAAGAUUAGUUACCCAGACCAUGUACUUUUGGUUUAUAGCUUUUUGUCCCUUAAUUGGAAAUUCACACUCCCACAGAUCCUAAACUACUCCUUGAGAUUUUACAUACUACACCCCAUUUUAAUGGAAGUAUUUCCUGACUGAAAAUGCAUUCAACCACAUGACCCAUUUAUGUUUGCAUAUACAAGCACAAUAUUACAUCAACCUGACAAAAAUGUGCUUGAAGUAUGCUGGGCACGUUUCAUAUAUUUAUGUAAGAACUGUGGCUUGAAGUAUAUAUGAAAGCUAAGGUUGAUAUUAUGUACUUGUGUAUUCACAUCACAUGUUGGAUUUUUGGAAGUUGCUCUUUUAAUGAGAACAAAUGUAUCAUAGAUUUGUUUUUCCCCUCAUUGUGUUUUGAAUUUCUCCCUAUGUUCAUUUCCAUUUCAACCUCUCUUUAAAGGUGAGGAUAUAUCUUUUUUUUUUCUUCUGCAAAGCAGGUCAUUAAAAUGUAUUUUUAAAUAGAAUCCCCUUCAUUUUUGGUUCAAUCUUGCGUACUAAUGUGCUUGCCCCACUAAGUAUUACACCACAGCUCACUUUGUUUCGUUUUUUUUUUUUUUUUUUUUUUUUUUGGAGGGGAGGGGGGAAUAUCAAUGUCAUGCCCACUUUUUCAGAACAACAUGGUGUAAUUUUUUUUCCCUUAUGUUAAAUUCACAGGCCUUCUCUGCUCAUUGCUUUGGGUUUUCAAAUAGUUUCAUUUGUGGUUUUGGCCUCGGCAUGGAAUUGUAGACUAUUAGUGCACAUUAUACGUCGUUGGACGGUGAUCUUAAAUGAAGGUCCUUCAAAAGUUCCUCUUCAUGAUCACAUUGUUUUAAGGCCGUUUCUGUUGUGAGCAAAACCAAAUGACUCUUAGCCUAAGUGUCAGAUCCUCAUUAAAUUAGUUUUUUUUUUUUUUGUUGUUGUUGUUGAGAACAUGCGUUACAGGUUUUCUUGUCUUGCACUUAUAUUAAGCCAGUAAACUCCUAAAAUCUCCUUUAGAUUAAAGAUUGUUUUUGUUUUUUUUCUUUCUCCAAAUGAUUAGCUGUAUAUUGGGCAUCUUAUUUGACUAGGUGUCAUACUGCAGUUCCAGGUUAUUGAACAUGAAAAGUAUUGUGCUAUUGUUAUAUUCAUUUACCAGUUCUUGGGCGUGUAGAGAAUCGCUCUUUGACUACCCUCUGCAUUGUAAAUUCCCUCAUUUUUUUAUUUUUUUAAACAAAAGAAACUUACACAAGCUCUUCCUCCUGUGUGUAUUCCCAAAGUCCCUCAAAACAUGCAUCAGAACAUGAGCAGAUUUCUUGCUCAUAUCCUCGGACUGAUCUUCUAUAUACCAGUCAUCUCAUUGAGACACAAGUCAAUGCCAAGGAGUCUGUGGCCCUUUUUUGAGUAGUGUUACAAAAAAAAAAUUGAAACAAGACAUUGGUUCAAUGUGCAAUAUGCCUGACGUCAAACAAAACCUACCCAUCCAGGGAGCCUGAGCCCAGGUUAACAAGAAACCACAAAUGCUUGACGUCUAAAAGAAACGGAUCAAAGCAUUGUUCCCUCCUCAUUUUGACCAGCAUCUGUAUCCUAAUGGUGUAAGUUGGGGUUUGUUUGUUUUCUGGAAAUGCCUUGGUCUAAUGAAUAGCUUUGAAAUAUGUAGGGCUUUUGAAUGAAAUGUUUGUGAGUAGGGCAUUUAAAAAGUGUGUGUGUGAAUUUAUAUCUGAUCUCUACUUGUAAUGUGAUUUUUUUGAGGGUAGAACACUUUGUGAAAGGCGAACAUAAGUCCCAAUUGCCCACUUUUUCUGACACUAUUAGGAUGUUUAUUUUAUCUAGGAUAUUUUCAUUAUAUACAUUGUGUGUAUAUGUUAAUCCAAAUGAAGUGCAGUGGAAAAAAAAGGUUAAAUCAAUAUAUCUAUAUAUUUUCCAAUCUUCUAAGGAAAAUAAGUUAAAUGGUUUAUUUGACUUUACUUGCAGACAUUUUACCAAGCAUGGUUUCAUCCUCCGAUACAGCUUGGUCAGUCUAUUCGUUGGAAGCCAUUCUCUUAUUGGCUUUCAGUGCUGUUUAUCAUCCCUCUUAAACUUAAUACAUUGAUGUGGUCACAUUAUAUGUACCAAUAUUUGAAUAGAAAUGUGUAUUCCUUGAAAUACUCAGAGAUUGUAUUAUACUUCUAACUAUACCAAGGUACCUGAAGUUGUUGCUGCUGUCCUAGCAUCUAUAGCUUAUUAUUGGAACCUUGAUAUACACACAUGUAUGUAUAUUGGUAUGCAUCUGAGUUUGUCUGCCCCAACUUACAUUCCCACACACAGUUGUUGCCAUUUUUAAGUUCAAGGGAGCAAUGUACAAGCAGAGAAGUGUCUUAUUAUAAUAAAAAGUAUACAGAGAAAAAGUUAAAUAAAAAUCUUUUGUUUAAAUGGAA